AGUGCAAAUAACAUUUGUGAAAAAUACGAUCUCGAGUGAAAACGAACAAUUUGAAAAAAUCACCACAUGGUAUCUUGAAGAUCUUAAACUUGUGGAUGGAAAAGAAGCAAAUCAAUGUUCAGAAUGACAGCAAUCAAGCACGCAUUGCAGAGGGAUAUUUUCACUCCAAAUGAUGAACGAUUGCUCAGCAUUGUCAAUGUAUGCAAGGCAGGCAAGAAGAAAAAAAACUGCUUUCUGUGUGCUACAGUAACAACAGAGCGACCAGUUCAAGUAAAUGUUGUUAAGGUGAAGAAGUCAGAUAAGGGGGAUUUCUACAAACGGCAGACAGCAUGGGCAUUGCGAGAUUUGGCUGUUGUCGAUGCUAAAGAUGCUAACAAGGAGAAUCCAGAGUUUGAUUUGCACUUUGAUAAAGUGUACAAGUGGCUUGCUAGCAGCACAGCAGAGAAAAAUGCUUUCAUUUCUUGUAUUUGGAAACUUAAUCAGCGAUAUCUUAGAAAGAAGAUCGAGUUUGUCAAUGUUAGUUCACAGUUAUUGGAAGAGUCUGUUCCAAGUGGCGAAAAUCAAAGUGUGGCUGGUGGGGAUGAAGAAUCCUUGGAUGAAUACCAAGAGUUGAACGCAAGAGAAGAACAAGAUAUUGAGAUAAUGAUGGAUGGUUGUGAAUAUGCUAUCUCAAAUGCUGAAGCCUUUGCAGAAAAAUUGUCUAGGGAAUUACAAGUGUUAGAUGGGGCCAACAUCCAAUCCAUUAUGGCUUCAGAAAAGCAGGUGAACAUUCUAAUGCAAUUGCUGGAUGAAGCUCUUAAAGAAGUGGAUGAGAUUGAGUAUAAGCUGAGCAGUUAUGAAGAAAUGCUACAAAGUGUAAAGGAACAAAUGGAUCACAUUUCCCAAAGCAAUGACCUCAUACAACUUAGUAAUACUAAUAAUAUGAAGCUUUUGGAAGAAAUAGAAUUUCUUGUGAAUUAUUUGGACCUAUCCAAAGGCCAUAUUAAAGCCCUCACGGAUGGGGAUCUUUCUUCUUCUAAAGGUAUUGAAGCUUGCACCAAUGCUGCCGAGGCCCUUCUACAGUGUAUGAAUGUGGCCCUUCGACCAGGACACGAGGAGCUUCAUGCAGUGAGACAGCAGCAACAGCAGUUCAGGGAUCUGCGUGAACAGUUUGCUAGGAGACUGACCAAUCAUCUUAAUAAUGUCUUUGUUCAGCAGGGGCAUGAUCAAAGUUCAACUUUGGCUCAGCACUCGAUUGAGCUGACUCUCCCCAAACACCUUCCGUUCCAUCGAGAUCUACUUAGAUAUGCCAAACUUAUGGAAUGGUUGAAGAAUACUGAUCGUGAAAAAUAUGAAGGUUUGAAUAAGAACUAUGUAGACUAUAUUUCUAGACUGUAUGAAAGGGAAAUUAAGGAGUUCUUUGAGGUUGCAAAGAUCAAGAUGACUGGAACAUCAAAAGAAGGAAAGAAGUUUGCCACACUUCCUCGAAAAGAGAGUGCUGUCAAACAAGAUAUAGAAAGUCUUCAUGGAAGUUCUGGAAAACUUACAGGUUCUACUUCUAGCCUAAACAAACUGUCUGUUCAGGGGUCAGGAAAUCGUCGCUCUCAGUCAUCCUCGCUGCUUGACAUGGGAAACAUGUCUGCUUCGGACAUUGAUGUGGCUGAUAGAACCAAAUUUGAUAAGAUUUUUGAACAGGUCUUAAGUGAAUUAGAACCUCUCUGUUUGGCUGAACAGGAUUUCAUCAGCAAAUUCUUCAAGCUACAACAAAGUCCAGCUUUACCAGGCUCAGUAGUGACAGACUACAGUGAGGUGGAUGGAGGACAUCUGUCUCGGUCAGUCAAUCUUUUGGGAGACAAGUUCUCUGUGCCAUCUGAAAAAGAGGAGGCAGGCAUUAUUCGAUCAAUGAUGAUUAAAGUUUUCCGCUGUAUUGAGCCAGAACUGAACAACCUCAUUUCACUUGGGGAUAAAAUUGACAGCUUUAACUCAUUGUACAUGUUGGUAAAGAUGAGCCAUCAUGUUUGGACAGCAGAGAAUGUGGACCCUGCAUCCUUUCUCAGCACCACAUUAGGAAAUGUCCUUGUGACAGUCAAGAGAAAUUUUGACAAAUGCAUUUGGAAUCAGAUUAAGCAGAUGGAAGAAGUGAAGAUAUCAAAGAAGAGUAAAGUUGGAAUUUUACCAUUUGUAAGUGGGUUUGAAGAAUUUGCUGAACUAGCAGAGUCCAUCUUCAGAGCUGCAGAACGAAGGGGUGACCUGGACAAAGCCUACACCAAACUAAUUCGGGCAGUUUACAACAAUGUGGAAAAAGUUGCUAACGAAAGUCAGAAAACGCCACGAGACGUUGUGAUGAUGGAAAACUUUCACCACAUUUUUUCAACACUCUCUCACCUUAAAAUUGCAUGUCUAGAGGCAGAAAGGAGAGAAGCUAAGCAGAAAUACACGGAGCAUUUGCAAUCUUAUGUGAUAUAUUCUCUGGGGCAACCUCUUGAGAAACUUAAUCAUUUCUUUGAGGGGAUUGAAGCCCGUGUAGCACAGGGUAUCCGAGAAGAGGAAGUGAGUUAUCAGCUGGCUUUUAACAAGCAAGAGCUAAGAAAGGUUAUCAAGGAAUACCCUGGAAAAGAAGUGAAAAAAGGACUAGACAAUCUGUACAAAAAAGUGGACAAACAUCUCUGUGAGGAGGAAAAUUUGCUGCAGGUCAUGUGGCAUUCAAUGCAGGAUGAAUUCAUUCGUCAGUACAAGCACUUUGAGGGACUGAUAGCACGCUGUUAUCCUGGAUCUGGGAUCACAAUGGAAUUCACCAUUCAAGACAUUUUGGAAUAUUUCUCUAGCAUUGCUCAGUCUCACUGAAGAAAUGUGUGAAUGUUAACUGUGUCCUGUAGAAUUUUCAUAAAAUUUCCUUUGCUAAUUCCUGCAGGCUGUUACUUUCAGAGAAAUUAUUAUUUAAUGUCAUCUUAAUGUUGUCUGCAUUUAGAAAAAUGUUCACUUUAGCAGCCCAGAUUAGAGAAACUGUUUGCAAUUAAUGUGUGUGCAUUAGCAAAAAUAAUUUCCAAUUUGGAAUGCAGUUCUGUGAUGCUCUGUGUUACUUCUUUAUGAUUGGAAGUUCCAGUUUAAAAGAAAUGUAAUAUGUUCAUAUUCAUUACAGGUUUUUUUAAAAGUACAGCUUCUGAUAUCAGAUAACAGCUUAAUGUUACAUAAAUUAAUCUAAGCUCAGUCUCUGACCAAAGCGAUGUUUGUGGCCACUUUAUUUUUCUCUCUGUAGCCUUUAAAAAAAAGUUUCAUGUCUGUUGAAAAAUUACUGAGCUUAAAUGCAUUUUUAAAGAAGGUGAUUUUAAAGGAGAUUACUUUCUCUAAUAUUAUUUUAUCAUCAUGUUUAAGAACAAUAUCUACCCAGAAUAGAACCAAAAGUCAAUGAAGUAAACUGCAAUCCAACAUGUAAAACUCCAACAUGUUAGCUCAAGUUUCCUUGAAAAUCUAUUAAAAUUUAAUUUUUCUGAAGAUUCAAAUUGAGCCGAUACAAACAGAUUUUAAUAUUUCACCCAAGAAAUAGUUCUAAUUCUAGAAAUAUUUGAAACAGGAAUCUCAAAAUAUUUACUCCAUACAGUAAGCAGAAUGCACAGAGUAGUUGGAAGAUAGCUUUGACUUUGGAAUGGCAGAAAAUUAAACCUCCAGUGAAUUUCAUACAAGUGAGCUGUUAUUUAUUAUGCAAUGCUAAGCAGAGUAGGACAAACCCAACUAAUACUGGAAACAAGCAUUAACACACAUGUCAUACUUGGUAAUACAAAAGGAUAUAAUCAUUAACUAAUAAUCAAAUAAUUAUCUAAUAUUUAGAUUUAUUCUGUGAUGCUUCUGGUAGGAAUAUGCACUAACUCAUUAAAACACUAAUUGCAAAGUAUGCAAAAUGAUUUGCAUUUCUCUAUAUGCAUCUGCAUAUAAGUGACAACAGUAAAUUAGCAUUUUAAACACGUAAACAUUAAUGUAUUGCACAUUGAUGUCAAAACAAUGCAGGUUCCUUAAUUACAAUAAACUCAAGUAAUUUGAGGUAGUAAUCUAUAAUGUAGACCAUUUAUUAGAAUUUGGCCACUAAAUUUUAGUGCAAAACUCUUGACAGAUUUAUUUCUUUAAACCUGGCCACUGGAAUUCUUUCAAUAUUAUAUCUUUUGAGGGCUUCUGCAAGUAAGAAGAUGAUUUAUUUGUUCAGGACAUAAAUGCAACUUGAGUCACUUUUUUAAUAUAAACAACAUUAAAUUAAAUAAUUUGAUAACUUUUUGUAUGUAGACAUUACCUAAUCUCAUAACCACUUCAGCAGAACAGCAAGGUUAUAAAUAUUGGUUAAAGGUGAUUUAUUGGUCUAUUUUAUCACGCAUUCUGAAAAUAUCCACAUAUCAGCAUUAUGAAUGACGAUGCAAAUACAUUUAGUAACACUGAGAAUAUUAAGGCGCAAACAAUUUUGUUACUGCAAGUCCCUUUAUCAUGUAGGUAUGCCUUAGAAUAUAAAACACAUUUUGUAUUUUGUUGAUGCAAACCUCCUACCUUGUUUAGGCUUUCAAGAUGUACUACUGAUAGCUUUCUUCAUUGAUUUGCAUUAUGUUGUCAAUUUUUAUAAUGGGAAUUAAUCAUUUACACUGUAAACAGUAAAAUUCUGUGGGAAUAAAAAUGUGAUUCUAAUGAUCUCUUAAUAUAUCACCAUUUAAAACACUAUCAGUAAAAUAAAACGAACUUGUGUAACCUCA